GCGCUGGGUGGGUUCGGGGUGCCCACAGCCCAGCAGUCUAAACGCUCUUGGUGUUCGAAUUCCAUUAAUUCAGCGCGUUUUAUGGGGCUUUAAAACGAAUAGGACACAACAAAACUGAGCAGUCAGGAAGGGAGUCGAUAAACUCUAGAAAACGCGGCGAACGCCUCGCGGACCGGGAGGGGGGGAGGAGAAAACGAGGGCGGAUCCUGCAGCUUCCGGAUCUUCACUGGGAGGAGAGGAUGCUGCACCUAAAGCUCCACUCAGUCAGCGCAGUCUCCUCAGUGAUGACGGCUGGCGGGCCGUGCGCGGACAUGUGGACGCGGCGCUCGCGCGGAUCUCCGUGAGCCUCCGCGCGCCGUUUCCAGCCGCAUCACCGCAGAGGACGCGGGGGGAGCCGCGGGGCGUCCGCUCUGCGGGAUCCAUAUGUCUUUGUCUCGCAUCCGGCGCGCGCGCGGCUAAAACCAGGCGACAAGUGGAGGUGACGCGGAUGACAGUCGUUGGCGCGGCGCCCACGUUUCCUUAGUGGGGUGGUGGGGGGGCAUGAAACCUAAAAUUACCCCCGUGCCCGCCGGUGAGAGCAGAUUUAUGAGCAGCAGCGUCCAUGCGGGUUUUGCGUCUGCAGAUGUGACCGGCCGCCGUGAAUGAGCCCCGCAGCUUCACGCACGCCGCCGCCGAGCCAGCGAGCCCCGAUCCACUGCUGCUGCACGCGCGGAUCCUCCCGAACCCAGACUUUUUAAUGGCUUUUGUGUUUAGAAGAUGGAGGGUUCUGCUGCUGCUCAACGUGCUCGCCGUCGCCGGCUUCAUGACCUUCUGGACCAAGUGCAACACCCGCAGCGUCCAAGCCGCCGGUCCGGAGGCUCCGCCGGCGGACGGCAGGUGGCCCCGGGCCAACGGGACCGCGCAGGGGCCCAGCAUCAGCCACGAAGUGCUGCUGAAGAGGCUCAGCUCUCUGGAGGAUGUGGUUUACCGCCAGUUAAACGGCCUGUCCAAAUCCCUGGGCUUGAUUGAAGGCUUUGGGGGUCGAGGUAAAGGCGGCCUGGCUGCCACGCUGUUACCGGGCGAAGAGAGCGACGCCAAACACCUGCGGGACAAGUACGGCUACAACGCUUACCUCAGCGACAGAAUCUCUCUGGAUCGGACCAUCCCGGACCACCGGCCGAGCAAAGCAGCUGAAGGCACCGCUGGAGGAGUACGUCAACAAGCGCUACCCCGGCCUGGUGAAGAUCGUGAGGAACCAGAAGAGAGAGGGGCUGAUCCGGGCCAGAAUCGAGGGCUGGAAGGUGGCCACGGCAGAGGUGACAGGAUUUUUCGACGCCCAUGUGGAGUUCACGCCCUCAUGGGCAGAACCGGUUCUGGCCAGAAUAAAAGAGGAUCACAGGAGGAUCAUUCUGCCUUCCAUCGACAACAUCAAGCACGACACAUUCGAGGUGGAGCGCUACGAGAACUCGGGCCACGGCUACAACUGGGAGCUUUGGUGCAUGUACAUCAAUCCCCCCAAGCAGUGGUGGGACGAGGGAGACAUGUCUGCUCCCAUUAGGACUCCUGCCAUGAUCGGCUGCUCCUUCGUAGCCAACCGUGACUACUUUGCCGAUUUGGGUCUGCUGGACUCCGGCAUGGACGUCUACGGAGGGGAGAACAUCGAGCUGGGGAUCAGGGUGUGGCUGUGUGGGGGCAGUAUGGAGGUGCUUCCCUGCUCCAGGGUGGCUCACAUCGCUCGAAUGAAGAAGCCCUACCACAGCAACAUCGCCUUCCACAUGCGGCGAAACGCUCUCCGUGUGGCCGAGGUCUGGAUGGAUGAGUACAAGUCCAACGUUUACCUUGCCUGGAAUAUUCCUAUGGAGAAUCACGGCAUUGAUUAUGGAGAUAUAUCUCAAAGAGUUGCCCUGAGGAAGAGCCUGCAGUGUAAGAGCUUCCAGUGGUACCUGGACAACGUUUACCCGGAGAUGAGGCGGUACAACAAUACGCUAUUCUACGGUGAGAUCCGUAACUCUAAAGUAAGCCAUCUGUGCAUGGAUCAGGGUAUGAAGGAGAACCACACAGCCACCCUCCACCCCUGCCAUGGCUGGGGUCCUCAGCUGGGACGCUACACCAAGGACAGCCAGCUGUUUCUGGGUCCACUUGGGAGCACUGGUGAGGACACUCGGUGCGUGGUGGACGAUCAGGUCAGCAGCUUUCCACAGCUCCUCAACUGUGACAAGGUGACCAACGUGAAGCAGAAGACGUGGCAGUUCUCUCAGAACGACUGGAUCAAGAACCGAGCCACCGGGCGUUGCCUGGAGGUGGUGCCUGCCAACGUGUACUUCGGCCACCUGCUGGUCCUGCAGUCGUGCACCGGCCAGAGGUGGACCAUCAAGAACGCCAUGAAGCAUUAAUGGCUCCUUUCAGCCACAAACAAUGAAGCACAGACCCUUCCUCUUCUCACUGGAGGCGUUUGGGAACAAUAUCUUUCUACUGAGAAUGCUGAGAAUUCUUUCCAAGUUUUACAACUUUUCAGUGUGAUGUUGUCAUGAUUGCUGUGUCCCUCUUCUGUUGUGUUUUUUCAGGAAAUGCAUCAAGUUAAAAGAAACUAUGCCAUGUCUAGUUUGGAUGGAAACGGUUUAUGCCUUCAUGAAUGCUGUGCAAUAUUUUACGCUGUAUUUUGUCCUUUAAGGUGUUAAAGUUUAACGAAGAAAGUUUAAUUUAUCAGAGUCCAUGAAUAGGUGUUAUAUG